AUGAAUAAUGAACCUACAAAUAAUGAUAAGAAUUAUUUAAGAAAUAUAUUUAAUUGUACUGAUAAGAAAAUAAAAUUAUUUAAAUCUUACUUAAAAAACAAAUUAGAUAUUGAUUCUUUUACCUUAGGUGAAUAUUGUUUUAAACAUGAUGAGAAAUUCCAGAAAAGUGUGUUGUCGAAUAUAUUAAAAGAACAAAUAAUAAGUAAGAAGGAUAAGAAUAAAUUAUAUUUAAUAAAUGAAAUAAUAAUAGAUACAUCAUUUUUUGAAGAGAAUUAUGAUUUUCAAUAUUUUUUAGAAAAUGUUUUAUUAUUAGAAGAUUUAGUUUUAAAAAAGUUGGAUAAUAAAUUAAAUGAUGAGGAUUUUAUAUUUAAAGAAAAUAAAAAAUUAUCUAUAAAUAAUUGGAAAGAAUGUUAUAGUCAUAUUAAGAAAAAAUUAAAUAUCAAAGGUAUGGAUGAAAAAAGUAAGAUAUAUAAUAAUUCUAUUUUAUUAUUUAAUUCUACUAAAUUUUCAUAUGAUGAUAUAAAUUGUUGUGAUUCUUUUUAUGGUUUAAAAGUAUGGGAUAUAUUAUUUAAUUAUGUGUCAUUCGAAUUUUUAAAUUAUUUAUUGUCUAAUACACUUAUAUUUAUAUCAGACUUCUUUUUUGUCAAUACAAAUAAUCAUUUUAAAACAUAUAUAAAAUCAUCUUACUUUAUUAAAAUUGCAGAAAUACAAUUAAAUUAUCAAGAUGCUCAAAAUGUGGAAAGAAAUAUUAUUUCAAAGAAAAAAAAUUUAUAUUAUAAAAAUACUAAACUGGUUAAAUUAACAUAUCAAAAAAAAAGCAUAAAAGAUAAUGCAACACCAAAUUUAACCGUGAAAAAAAAAAAAAUAAAUAAAAAAAAUAUAAAUACAAAUGAGAAUAUAAAUAGUUAUAUAUAUAAUAUAUCAAAUCAAAAUAAUGAAAUCCAACAAUAUAAUAUUAAUCAUAUCAAUAUGGACAAAAAUACUAUAAACAAACCGAAGGAGUCGCAGAAUUUUAUUAUCAAUAAUAAAUUAUUGGAUGAUCAACUUUUAUAUUAUAAAACAAAUAAAAAUAAUGUAAACACGGAUAUUUAUUCAAAUGAUAAUAAAACGGCUAUUAGUACUAACCAAUAUGUAGAUGUACAUAACCAUAUAAGUGAUCCAACAAGGAAAAAUAUAUUUUAUCAUAGUGUAAACAGCUUUUCGUAUGAAACAAGUUCGAACGUUUUUAAUUAUGAUAAUCUGAAACAACAUACAACAUAUAUAGAUACACCAAAUAAAAGUCAAACAUGUAUUAAUAUGACUAAUCAUCAUGAAAUAGAUGAAAAUUCAGAUAAAGAAUUAAAAAAUCAAAAAUAUAAUCAAUAUGAAUAUGUAGAUAACGUAUGUACAGGGAAUAAAAAUAUAUCAAACGAAAAUAUAAGUGAUAAAUGUAUUAUUACUAAAACGAUCCCUCAAAAAUAUAAUAUUAAUAAAAAAUAUAAAUACUUAUUAAAAAAAAAAUACCAUAAGAUAUACACAAAUAACGACCAUUCAUAUGGAAAUUAUUUGUAUCUUCUUCAGUGUAGUGGAAGAAUUUUAAAAAAUGACUUUUUUAAGGACAUGAAACAAAUACAAGAGGAAAGAAAGAAAUACACAUCAAAUAUUAAGAUGAACAAUGAAUAUACAAAUAAUAUUAUAAUAAACAACAACAAUAAUAAUAAUAAUAAUAAUAAUAAUAAUAAUAAUAAUAAACAUAAUAAUAGUGUGCAUAGGUUGGGACAUGUGAACGAUUUGUCCUCCUCUAUUAUAUGUCCAUCUUCUAACAUCCCUCACUGUAAUAAUUACAAAGAAUGUAAUGAAAAAGUAACACAGAUAAAGAACAAUUCCUUACUAAUAACAGAAAAUUUGUCAAAAAAAAAAAAAUUGUUACCACAAAUAGAUUUCUUUUCUGAUGAUAGAAAGAGGAAAUGCUCAUCAGUUGGUUAUGACAUAAAAAAGAAGAAUGUUAGUAAUAUUAAAAGAUAUCAUAAUAAAAUAAACAAAAUGAAUGAAAAAAAAAAAAAAUGGAAUAAAAUAAUAAUCAAUAGAAACAACAUUUUACAACACAAUACAACUAAUAAAUGUAAAACAUUUCUAUUUAAUAAACACAUAAUAUUUGAUAAAAUAGAAAAUAACAAUAUUCCUUUAUUUAUUUAUGAUUUAUUAAAUUAUAUAUUUAAAUCAGAUCAAACAUAUUUUUAUCAUAAUAAUUUUAUAGAUGAAUAUAAGCAGAAAAUAUGUAAACAAAUAAAAUGUUCAACUAAAAAAAAUGAUAUAUCUCAUAUAAUUACAUCUAGGAAAGAAAAUAAUUUAUUUCAUGUACAAAAACUUGAAAAUAAUUAUAAAUGUCCAAAUAUAUAUAAACAAUUAAGAAAGACAAAAAUUUUGAAAUAUGUAUAUGAUUAUUUUAAGGAAUUUAUUAAUAAUGUAAUUAAUACCAAAUUUGGUAAAAUAUAUAGAAAAUUUUUUCCUCGAAAACAUAUAUUAAAUAAAAUAUAUAAAAUAUUUAAAAUUAUAAGAUUACAAAUAAUAAAAAAAUAUCAUAUUAUAAAUAUACGAAAGAAUAGAAAAUUUAUUAAACAAAAAGUAUAUGAUACCUUUUUUAAAAAUUAUGAUUUCUUAUCAUUUUCAUUCAAAACAUAUAAGAUUAUUAAUUUUAUCGUAUAUAUAACCAAAAAAUGUAUACCUAUCAAAUUAUUAGGUAGUAAACAUAAUUUCAAAAUAUUUUUAAAAAAUGUAAAAAGAUUUUUGUUAUUUAAUUAUAAAGAAAGUUUUUCUUUGAAUCAAGUAAUGAAAAAUAUUAAAGUAAAAAAUAUAUUCCAAAAAAAAAUAAGUAAAUGUAAUAAUAUAAAAAAUACAGUCUUAUUAAAUAAAAUAUCUUAUUAUAAUAACUAUCACAAAAGAAUUUUACUUAAUAAUAAUAAGGAAAUCAUAACAAAUAUAAAUGAUAACAUAAAAAUAUAUAAUGAAACAAAUAAUAAUUUUAAUAAUUCAUUUAAAACACCUACAUUAUUCAAUAAAAUGAGGAGAAAAUAUUUCAAUAAAAUUAAAAAAAUUAAUAUAUGUAUACAAAAAAGACAUCUUAUGAAUAGAUUAAUAUAUUUCCUUUUUAAUUAUUUUAUUAUGCCACUAAUUAGAAGAUUUUUUUUUCUAACCAAAUCUGAGCAAACCUUACAUAAAACAAUUUUCUUUGAUAGAAAAAUUUGGAAUCACUUCACAAAAAUUUCCAAUUUUUGUCUUUACCAUCAAAUAUUUACGAAUAAAAAGUUAAAAAAAAGAAAUGAACCCAAAAUGGAUAAUGCACAAAAUAUAUUAAAUGUGAACAAAAAAGCUGAAAAACUAAAAACAAAGAAAUAUACAUCUAUUAAAAAAAUUAAAAAAUUCAGUACUAAUAAAUGUGUAAAUAAUAAAUUUUCAAAAAAUUGUAACACAAAAAAAAAAAAUUUAUAUAACAUCACACGUCAUAAUAAUAUAUUUGUUAAAAAGGAUAUGGAACAAAAAUCAAAAACUAACAUUUUAAUUAAUAAAAGUAUAGAUAAUUUAUACAAAUUAAAAGAAAUUAAUAAAAAAAAUGUUAGACCAUAUAUCAAAAAAUUUUACUAUAAAAUAAGAAAAAAAUAUUUUGCUCUAAAAAAAAUGUAUAUUCAUAUUAGAAUGACAAAAGAUGAAAAACGUGACAUAAAAUUAGAAAAAAAUUUGAAACAUUUUUUUAUUUUUGCUCAAGAAAAAGAGCACAUAUUGAAAUAUUUUAGUUCUCAUUUUUUUCAAAAGAGGAAGAUAAAUUAUAGUAAACGAUUUAAUAAACUAAUACAUAGAAUAAAAAAUAUUAUAAUAAAGAAAAACAGUGGAAUUACUAAAAAUAAGGAUAAGACAUUUUCACAACUAAUCAAAAAUAAAACUAACAACAUCAACAAUAAGAAUAACAAUAAUAAGAAGAAAAAAAAGAAGAACAAUAAUAAUAAUAAUAAUAAUAAUAAAAAGGUUAAACAUAGUGAGAACAACACAAGUGAUAAUCCCAGUUUAGAAAAAAAAAAAAAAAAAAAAAUAUACAUACAUAAAAUAAAAAAUAUUAUAGAGAAAAGAAAUUUUAUGUUAAAAUUAAAUUCAAUCAAUCAUUUUAUAUCUAAAAAGUUAAGAAUUAAUUGGAUACCGAAAAAAAAAGGAUUAAGACCAUUAAUUAAUUUGUCUACUUUAAAUGUCCCAGAAAUUGUGAAGCAACGAAUUUUUGAAAUUUUGAAAAGUAAAAAAAGCAGUGAAUUUUAUUUCCAUAAUAUUUUGAAUAAUUUAGAAAGAGAAAAGAAAGAUAAAAAUAUAAAGAAAAGAAAAAAAUAUAAUAAGAAAAAUUUUAAUCCUGUAUCAUUAAACAAUAUAUGUAAUUUUUCCUUGAAAUGCUUAGGUAAUAUGAGACAUAAUAAUAAUUCCUUAUUUAAAAAUACAUUAACAAAAACAGGAGAAAUUGAAUUAAAAUUAAAAAUAUGGUUACAUUAUUUAAAGAAUUGGUUUUAUAGAAAAAAACGAAUGAAAAAAUAUAUUAAAAAUAAAUUAAAAAACAAUAAAAAGAUAUAUGCAUAUAUAUGUAUCGGAGAUUUUUCAAAUUGUUAUGAACAUAUAAAUCAUAAUUAUUUAUUCAAAAUUUUAAAAAAUUUCUUUGAUAAUAUAACUAAUUUUGAAUUUAUUUAUUUAUUUAAAAGAUCAUUUAGAUUAUAUAAUAAGAAUUUAAAUAAUUCCUUUUUAUCCUAUUAUCCAGUUAAUGUAAAAUCAUUUGGUCUACAUUAUAUAAGAAACUUACGAGAACUUAUAAUUAAAUCAAAUAUCAAUGAUAAUCAUCACUUUUUAUUAAAUCAAAUGUUUAAAACAAGAUCAAAAUCGGAUUUAUAUAUUUUUGCCGAUUCGUAUAAAAGUCUUCAAGUUGACAAAAGGGAUAUUUUCAUGACUAUUAUUACUGUUAUUAGAUAUUACUACCUCAAUAUAUAUUUUAGUAUAAAAGAAUUUAAACUUAAUAGGAAAAAUAUUUUCUAUUUUCAAAUAUUUCAAGAAAAUCAAAUGAAGAGUGUUUAUUUGAGUGUUCGUGAUAAGAAAAAAGUUGAAAAUAUUAAAAAUUGGUAUUUAAACAGCAUGAAAAAAAUAAAUCAUGAGGAAAUACUAACAAGUUUAAAAAAUUCAUCCAUAAAUGUAAAUAAUAAAAACAAUAUGAUAUGUAUGAAUCUUGAGCAAGAUACACAAGAAAAAGGAAAUACACAAAAUGAAGAGAAGAAUGAUAUUUAUAUUGGACCAAUAUAUAAUAAAUCGUGUAACAGCACAAUAAUUAACGAUAGUAGUAAUAAUAAUAAAUGGAAUAAUAUCAAUGUGAGUAUGGAUAAUAAGAAUGAUGUACUAUUACAUAAAGGUAAUACUAAUAUGAAUGGGUAUUAUAUGAAUGACAUAAAAUGUAAUAAUAAUAGCAAUAAUAAUAGUAAUAAUAAUAGUAAUAAUAAAUUAAAAUGUGUUACGAGAAAUGUAAACAAUGACAUAAUAAAAUACCAUAAAACUAUCGACACAGAUAAUAGUAAAAACAACCAUGCUUACUUUAAAAAUAAAUUCCUAAAUUUUUUGGAUAAAAAAAUUAUUAGUAAUAUAUAUGGCUUACCACAAGGUUUUAGCUUAUCUAAUAUAUUGUGCUCCUUAUAUUAUGCAUAUUUAGAUAAAAAUGAAGAGUUUCAAAAUUUAUUAUAUUCAGAAAAACAAAACAAUAAUAAAUAUUUCUCAGCAAAUGGAAAGUGUAAUUAUUUCAAUUUAGAUUCUAUCAUGCUCCGAUUUAUUGAUGAUUUUUUAUUUAUAACUCUUAAUAAAAAAAAUAUUAAAAUUUUUAAAAACUUGCUCUUAAAAAAAAAAAUAUGGGGAAGUAAUAUUAAUUCAUCCAAAACCAAAAUCUUCAAAAUACCACUUAUAUAUAAAAAUGAUUUACUAAUAUAUAAUUUUCGAAAUAAAUGCCAACAAAAAAAUAAACAUAAAAUAAAAAAAAAAAUAAACAUACAAAAUAGAAGGAUCAAAUAUAAACAUAAUGAGUUAGUCAAUACUAAUCAAAAAAAAAAAAACAGAUUUGUUCAAAAAGAUAAAAUAAAUAAAUAUAUAAAUGUCAUAAACCCAAUAAUACAAAAAAAUGAUUCAACCAUGUCUUCUAAUUCUAUUAUGAAUUUUGAAGCCUUACCUAAUAAAGGAAGUAAUAAAAGUUACAGUUCAAUAUAUACAGAUAUCCCAAAUAGUGUUGUAAAUGACGAUAUAGAAUAUAAUCAAAACAGUGAUAAUAAUUCAUAUAGUAGUAAUAAAUUAUACAAUAAUGUGAAUAUGACUCAAAAUAGUCAUAAUAAUAAUGUUAAUAUUUUUAAAAAAGAACAAAACCAAAGUUUUCAAUGCUUUAAUAGUAACAAUAUAUAUAUUCAAAAUGAUAAAAAAGAAAAUAAUAUUUUACAAAUUAACAAAAAGUUAUCUUCCAAUGGAAAUUUAACAAAAAAAAAUAAAAAAAUAAAUACUCUAACAUGUUUACAAAUUGAUAAAGUUAUAAAAACCUUAAAAUGUAAGAAAAAAUAUAUAAAACAUAUAAAAAAGUUCAAGUAUAUGAAUAAAUUUGUAAAAUUUCAAAAGUUUCAAAAUACCUCUUUUGAAUUAAAAAUUAAUAAAAUUAAUAAAAAUAUUAGAAGAUUGAAUAAAUUAAAAAAACGUAAAAAUCAUUCUAUAAACAUUGCACCUGUUAGUUCUAUAGAAUGGUUAAAUAAUUCAUACACAUUUGAUUUUAUUAAUAAUUCUAUACAAAGUACUUCAUAUCCAUGGAAAAAUAAAUCUGAUGCUACUAUUAGAAAUCAUUUGCAUUUACAUAAUGUUAUAAUAGAUAAAAAUAAUAAAACAUAUUUUAUGAAAUAUCUAGUUGAAAAUAGAAUUGUACGAAAUAUUAUAUCCAAACAAAAAAAAUGUCAAUCCUUAUAUAAAAAUAAGCAAAAUGUUUAUUUCUGUUAUAAAAAUAAUUUUAUCUUAUUAAAAUCAUCUAUAUUAAAAUUCAUAUGUUGUAUUAAAACACUCAAAAAAAUGUUUAAUGCAUUUACAAAUUCUACAUAUAAUACCAAUUUUAUAUUAUUUCUCAUAUCGUAUAUGAACAAAGUGUUAAUAAAAAAUAAAAAACUCAAAUUUGUCAAAUUGUUUUUAAUCCAAACUGCAAUCGAAGCUUUCCGUUAUGCCAGAAUUUUUAAUCACCAAGAUUCCUUUUAUCCGUGUCUCCAACAUUUUAAGAAAAUCAAAAAAAGAUUAAUUCACAAAUACAAAAUUGGAUAUAACAAAAAUUUACUGCGAGAAUUUUUUUAUCUGUUUAAUUUUAUCAAGAAGGAGUUGUAUAAUUCAUGGCCUUACAUGUUCAAAAUAAAAAAUUAA